AAACAAAAUAAUUAUUAAACGGAAGGAAAGAACAAAGGUACAAAAAGCUUUAAAGAACAUUAUUAAUUGAAACUACUUUCUUAAUUUUGAAUAAUUAAGUCCCAAUUAUGUCGUCAAAAUUUCAGAACUUAUGGGGGGCAUUUAUUUACGCACUGCACUGUGUGCGCAUAUAAUAUAUAUAAAUAUCUACACACAUUUUUUAAUAUUAUAAUUAAAAGUUAUAUUGAAAUAUAAAAAUUGAAAAACAACAAAAAUAAAAGUUGAACAAAAACACACACGUAGUUCUUCCAGCCCUGAGUGUGCAUUUAUUGCAAAAUAUAAGAAGGUUACAACAAGUUUUGGUUUGCAAUGUGGAAUUCGUUGGCUUUCACUAUAAUUACAUCAGUUACUAAAAUCCCUCCAGAAUGGAUCUUCUCUUUUCUAUCUAUACAAGCCAAAACCUCACUCACUCCUGUAACCUACAAGUAAUAAAUAUUUUGUUUUUUUAUUAAAAAAAAAAAUCAGUUUUUAUUUUUUUUUAUCAUAAUAUAUUAAAAGUUCCAAAAAAAAAAAUCAAACUUUGAAUUAAUUAGUCAAUUAUUUAAACAUUUACCAUCACACAAUGAUUCCACCAAAGAGCUUUUAUUUUUAUUCCAAAUUUGCUUAUAUUUAUUAUAUAUUGAUAUUUAAGUAUACCGGUGUGGUGUGCUAUAGCCUCUAUAUAUAUAAAACCAUGUACUCUCUCACUUUAUAAACGGAACAAGUUGUUCUUCACAAAUAUUUAUCUUAGUGUCUUAGCUCUUAAAUAUGGUUUCACCAAAAUCACUCUCUCAGGUUGAGAAAGAUGAUGAAGCAAAAGAGGUUGAAGUAGUAAGUACAGAAGGCAAAGACGAUAGCAACAAAUGGGUUUUGGGCUUAUCAAGUACUGAUCCGAAAAUACCACACAAAACCAUCCAUCUUGAUCCUGUUCUCAUCAAUUCUUCGAGUACUUUAUCUUCAGACGACACUCAUGAAUGUUUUAUUAACUUUCCCAUUCAAAAUCAAAAACUUUUCCAUGAUGAUGAGGGAUAUGUUGAAAAGGAGACUAAGGAAAAGAGCUUCAUGAGAAAUAAAAGGACCCAAAAUGAAGAUGAAGAUGAUAACAUUGGUGGUAUAGAUUUGGACCUUAAAUUAUCACCACCAAACGAGCACUACUCAUCAGUACCAAAAGGAUCACAAUCAAAAUCAUCAUCAUCAUCUCAUCAAGAACCAAAUGGUGCAUCAAAAUAUAUGUGUAGCACAAAUAAUGAUCAGAGAGAUUCUGCUUCUGUAGCCUCAACGGUUGAAAUGGCAUCGUUAGUUUUGAUGGGGUGUACUAACUGCUUAAUGUAUGUAAUGGUGUCCCAAAUUGAACCCAAAUGCCCAAAAUGCAAGAGCUCUCUCUUACUUGAUUUCUUUCGUGAACAUCCAAGCAGUGCCAAGAGACCAAGGAGGAGCUAAGACCUUUAUUUAUUUGUUCUUUUCAACAGUUUUGUGUUGUCUAGUUUUUUCUUUUUUGAGAACAAUGUGAGGGUUUUUUCAUAUAAAAACUUUGAAGAAAUAAAAAAUUAUUAAGUACUAUUAAUAUAUUCCUUUAGUUUUAUUCAAAACUCUCUUUGCGCUAAAGCUGACUAGGCCCGUGCUUGGCCCCCAAAGUCUAGAUCCCAAAAUUUUGAUCAAAAUUAUAGAUUUAAAACUAAUAAAUAUAACUUAAUAUAUAUUGUAUUAAAUUUUGGGCUCGUUAAGUGCGCUAUAUUGUAUUGUAUUAGUAUUAUUUAAUAUAAUACUAUUUGGUAUUUACUUGUAUUAAUAGAUUGUGUAAAGUUAUAAUAUAUUUUCAAUAA